AUGACGGAUAAGAAGACCGAUAAGAGGAGAGUAGCUUUAUUGACAGGAAUAACCGGUCAGGUAUGUUUGUUCGUGUUCGUCCGCCUUGUUAACAGCGAGAAAACAUCAUGUCGGUGCUUUUAUGGACCGUAAAAUGUCUGCCCCAUAUUUCUUGGCUUUCUUUGGCAUAUUUGAAGCGACUCAGUCCUCGGAUACUAGAAUUCAGAUACUACAGCUAAUCACAACUUGGGAGCACAUGUCUACCUCCUGGUGCCGAAAUAUUUGAAGCCUUUAUUACUCCUACCUUUUACAAUAUGGUUCAGUACACCUUUAGUGGUACACUCGCUGCGAUAACUUUAUAUUCCACGGUAAUUAUUACAUGAAACAAAGAACUUGAAAAUGUCGCUAUUGAAAGAAUAAUCGGCCCCUUAUUUACAACUUCCCGUAUCAAGUCGCCCCUUAAAUCCCACAUAGUCCCAAGUUUCCAGAAAUUUCUAACCGUUUUAAGCCUUCUUUCAAGUGGAGCUGAUAUUGAGCUUUGGGAACGACAAAAUAUUGCAACGUGUCUCGCAAUCGUGUUGAAUUUUUUGCUUUAGAAAAUCCAUACUCCCCCAUUGAGGGAUAAUAGCGAUAGUUUAUGUCUGUAAACGUCGUUGUUCUUGUUUCAUUUGAUAUCAACCACUGAAAGACUUAAACAAAGUAGUCCAUUCUUUCAAUAGCCUGAGAAAACAGCCGACAUUUGGCGACGCUACCGCUGGUUUCCCCGCCAAAUGACGUCUGAGAAACGUGCACAGAAAUUCCAUACUGAUAACGCGUCACUACCCAGACAGGGUGCAAGGAAAGUCAGUUUUACAGCCUGCCAUUCGGGCAAGCUGUAGCUAUCUUGCACUAGUCCACAGGUCAUUACAACUAGCCCCAAAACCCUUUUUGAUUAGCAGGAUUGAUUACAAUCCAUCCGUAAUUUGAAUUUCCCCCCAAAACAGCAAAGGCCUGUCGGGCAAGUUAAGAACAAAAAUCACUAGCCCGAUAGCAAAAUCCACUACUCCUGGGCUAUCGGACAUGACUUUCCUUGCUCGCUGCCAAAGCUGUCAAAGCUGGUUAGUGCUUCUGAUUGCUCAUGCCUCGUGGGAAAUUUGAUUCAACCAAUCAUAAGCACUACCCAGAUCUACCCAGAUCUGGGUAGUGACACGUUAUCAAUAUGGAAUUUCUGUGGUUGUUUCCCAGACGUCAUUUGACGGGGAAACCAGUGGUAACAUCACCAAAUGUUGGCUUUUUUCACAGGCUAUUCUUUCAAGAGCUAAUAACUUUGUGGGAAGCAUAUAAGCGAGCUUAAGCAAUAACGUUUUUGAGUGACGCACAUCAAGUAGAAGUGGCCUUUUUGCAAUCUUGGGGCGCGAUUUUGACCGAAUUUUCAGGCAAAUCGUCUCUAUGAGAGGAAAAGCACUUAAAAAUACAAAUUUGGUAGCUUCAAGGCAUAUUAGAAGGGAAAAUGCUUCACUUCCUGUUGAUGUGCGUCACUCAAAAACAUCUUUGCUUAAGCUCCCUAUUAAUAUCAAUAGCUGAUGUAAAGUUGAUUAGCUAAUUGGUUGGAAUUUCCUGGGCUGGGUUGUUCAAAGCAGGGUUAAGAUAACUCAGGGUUAGUUAGCCUGAGAUCAUGCCUCUCCCUAUUUCCCUCCACGUCUCUCACAGGAAGAGGGUAUUUUUUUUCCUCUCGCCUUGUUCACCCUUGCUUGAUCGCUGGUUAAGGGUUAGUGCGAAAUUUGAAUUCACAUAUGAAAACUUAAAAAGGAAAUUUAGUUUAAUUCUUUUUGUCCACAAUUUGAUGAUAGGAUACCAGUGAUUUUGUUACAAAUAGUUAUGGUGAGUCCUGUGACUCAUCUUGUGAGAAAUCAUGAGUCCGUGUUCAUAACCAAUAAGUCCCAGUUCAAAAAAUGAGUCCUAAAUUGAAGAUGCUUGGGCCUUUAUGUAACCUGACGGUUCAUCUGAAGACCGACUAUAGCAUACCUUAAUUAAAAUAUGGUCCUUCUUUAACUGGAGUUGGCCGCUUAUGGGAAUGUAAAAACACAGAGUUUUUAUGGGAGUUGAGAAAAACAGAGUUUUGUAAAGGAGGCUGUAAGAAGAGCUGUCUGCUUACAAGACUGUCUGUUGGGAGAGCUUCUGCUGUAGUAACUUUACAGCUGUAGGUCUUUGGUUGAACUUGAGAGCAGACUCAGUCAAGUUGAAUAUGAUAAGCUGCUAAACAAGGUAGUUUCCUAUGAUAAUCAAGGAGCUGGAGUGAUUUUAAGAGGAACAAGCCAUAACAGUAGUCUAGAAAGAGAUCCAUUCUUAGCCCUGUCAGUAAAUAAGUGGGGUUCUAUUUUGUAGUUUUCAGUAAUGGAGGCAGGUUGUAGGCGUGUGCCUUGGAAUUGCAAGUUAGACAAGACGCUGUGUUCCUAACUCAUGGCUCAAAGUAACAGCUGGUCAAAAGACAAUGUCCACCAGAAUGGUAACUUGACCGGCCCGAAACUUAACUUGCUGGUCAUGUUAACUAGUCACAAGAGAGACCAGAGGCUAUCUUUGGUCAAGUCUUAAUUAAGCCAUUUUGUCCAUUAAGGCACUUUUUAAAUGAUCUAGCAAUGACUUGUACAAGAUAAGCAUAUGAUUAGUUCAGAGUUUACAGGGUGGCAGUGUCAUGAGUAACUCUUUUCUGUAUUUUGACCGGUCAGAGACAAGACUUGACUCAGAAAAAAUUUGUUUGGAUGGUCAUUGUGUCCGGCCACCAUUCAAAAAUUAUUUUGAGCCUUGUAACUGUCAUUCUCCCAGGUAAAGUACUGCUGGGGCAAUCCUUUGUUGGACUGGUAUCUCAGCAUGAGGGACCACAAACACUCUCGGCAGCUUUAUGCUACAGAAGCCAUGUGAGAGUCAGGGGUUCAAUCAUGCCCUUACCAGUACAAAUUUACGGUCAGUGGACCAUGGACCAUACUGCGAGCUACUUAAUAUGGUACCUUUCAUGUCUGGUUGUUUGCUGCAUGGACAUAAUCAUAUGUCUAGUAAAUGUAGGAGUUGAUUUAAAAGAGGCCUCAUUUCAUGAACAAAAUCAUUGAUAACAUGCAAUGAGCUAUUUAAAGGUGAUGUUACAUGGCAUGAUUUGCAGUUACGAUUUUUAACACAACACUGCAUUGCAAUGUUAGAACCAUGUUGUAACUAUUCAAAACAAUGACACAAUGUGUCGCUUCACUGUGUCGCACUAAAAAUCGUCAUUGCAAAUCGUCUCAUGUAGCAUCACCUUAAGUGGCUUAAAAGGGUGUUAGUUACUAAUAGCCUCUUAUAAAAGAAAUACCUUUUCACCUAUAAGUUUCAUGAUGAAUUGAAUUUUCAUGGUGAAUUAACUGUUCAACAAACAGGUGCAAUACAACAAAUGUCAAAAUUAUGCUAUGUUUAAUCUAAUACAACUGUAUUAUUGUUUUAUUCUUUUCUUCAAGGAUGGUUCAUAUCUUGCUGAGCUACUACUUUCCAAAGGUUAUGAGGUAUGUGAUGUAAAAAUUAAUAAUGUACGUAUAUACUUUGUUUCUAGGAGACAUCUUUGUUUAAAGGGAGCAUCUCCAAAUUUCAGAAAGCAAAAUUUCUGUUUCUUCGGAAACAGUAUUGGAAUAUUGGUAAGAUUAUACCGAUGCAAAUGGAAGUUCAGAUAAGCAUCAUCGGCAGUUUGACAAAUUAAUAUUGUUCAAAUUUGUUAAUAGGAAAAACAAGACAGUUAAGUUUAUUUAAUAUGUCAUUAUUUUCGUUCUUCUUAAAGGUUCAUGGUAUUAUUAGACGUUCUAGUUCCUUCAACACUGGCAGGAUUUCUCAUUUAUAUGCCAAUACCAAAACACAUACAAUGGGAGGUGGGUAUAUAUAUCAGACUAUAAGGUCUGCUUUUCAAGCAAACUUUUAUAAGAAACACAGCAAGCUUAUUUCAGUCAUGUAGAAUGGCACUAACCUGGAGCCACCUAAUUUGCUGACUAGUGAAACAUUAAAAAAAAUUAGUAAUAUUAUGUCAUUAUGAUCAAACUGGAAGCUUUGUCAGUGUUGUUGAUGUAAAGUACACAUAUCCAUGAUAAGCGUCAAGUUUUCAUGGUUCUGUAGUAAAAAAGACUCUUGCUAGAAGGCAAGAAAAAUUUCAUUUUUUUGUUAUUUAUUUCCUGACUAAGCUUUUGUGAGAAUAGUAGAUUUACGCUUAUCAUUUAACUACAUCUAUUUUCAUCUAAUUACAAGAAAAUGCUUUUAACCUGAGAGAAACUUGAACAACGGCUGUAGAUUCUCGCAGCAAUCGAGUAUCAAGAGUAGAAAGUUAAUUACCGGGUACUAAACUACAUAGCCAAUUCUGGUUUGAUGAGUCUUGCAGGAAUCAGUAUCAACAAGAAUCGAGACGCAACAAUGGAGAAUUGAGUCUCAAUUCUUGACUUGAUUUAUUCUCUCAAGGAUUGAGAAUUGAGUGUCAACUUACUUUUGAACAAUACUGUAGAAAUUUUUGAUCGUCAACAUUUGAAUUUGGUGAUAAAAAUUAAAUUGGAAAAGAAGAACAGUAAUUACUAAACUCAUUGGUUAGAUGAGAAGAUGAAGUGCUAUCGUAUCACAAACCUUGGUAUUGGUCAUUAAUUUUAGUCCAGCUACUUAGCUACUGAGAGUUUUUGUAGCAGUGAAGUUAAGGCCUUUUUAAACUACAAUCUUAGAAGAAAAAGAUGGAAUUUUGAGACCCCCCACCCUCCCUUCAAAUUUAGCAUGUUUUGGCCUUUCUAUGGCUUCAUCCUUAACUUCGAGCCUGCAAACAGGCUCCCAAGUGAAGAGGGGUGAAAAAGAAAAUUUCAGAGAGUUGGAGGGAGGGGGGGGUUCAAACUAAAAUUUCUGGGACAGCAUUUUAAACAGAAAAGCACUUUGGAUAUUUUACACCUUGAUUGAUCGUAGCAUGAUUUAGACACUGCAGUGUAGUGUAUUUAUUCUGGUCACUGGAGCAUUACGUCUUUGCUGAAGCAGUUCAUUUUUUAUAUAAUGUACAGGAAUGAUACUUCAUUAUGGAGACCUGACUGACAGCACAAACCUAGUAAGAAUUGUUAGCCAGGUAUGCUUUUCCAGUGAAGUUUGCAAUUUUAAGAAGACUGUUGUCCUGUCAGUACUUUGAGAACACUGAUACAUUUUUUCAUUCUUGCAGGUAAAACCUGAUGAAAUUUACAAUUUAGGAGCCCAAAGUCACGUCAAGGUUAGUCUGUGAUAGUCGACAUUGGGUGCCCUGUCUGUAUGUUACAGGUCAAAUUUGAUAAUGGUAUGUCAGUGUUACCCGGUAAUUUUGAUAACUUGUUCACCUUUUAAUUUUUCAGGUUUCAUUUGAUUUAGCUGAAUACACUGCCAAUGUUGAUGCUCUUGGAACAUUAAGGUUACUGGAUGCAAUUAAAACCUGUGGGAUGGAACAUCAUGUUAGAUUCUAUCAGGUAGCUGAAAGAAAAAUACCACUGCUACCACCAUUGCUGUAGCACUCUCAUAACUCCUUUGCUUUCACCAUUGCUUCUUCAUUUGUCAAAUACUGAGAGAGAAAAAAAUUGCUGAAGUGGUUUCACCAGAGGAUUUCAUCCACAGACUCAAAGAUAGAACUACUGUAUACCAAAAUGAUCGUUACAAUGUUUAAAUUGUACUGUGAAAGGUUUGAACUCAGGAGUCAUUUCAAGAGUAGGUUGAGUUUGAUCGUCUGGGUGAAUGUAGUCCUGAAUAGGACUGUGACUGAUGUUUCGACAACCUGUGUGAUAGUCAUCCCCAGAGUCAAAGUGAGUUGUAUCACAUCAGUUGAUGGUAUUAUACACUGUACUCUGGUUAUAUCGACCUGAUUGGUCAAUUACGUCAUGACAUGUUGUUGGUCAUCUGUCAGUUAAGCCAUGAUGUAAUUAGCUAUGAAGACUCAAUGUAAUGUAAUUGUUGCAUUUCGAUCCGUCUAUUGUCACAGUUAAACAGCCAUCCAUUGUUAGCCAAACUGUCAGUUCUCCAGUCAUUCUGUUGAUUUUGUCAAUAAGUCGUUUGAAUGGUGCCAGAAACUGUUGGUUACGAUUCAGUAGUGUUUGUUCUAAGUUAGUAAACCAACUUUCUAAAGUAAGUCAUUGAUAGUAGUCCGUAGAAUACAUAAUACAUGUCGCAGUCCCAGUCGAUUUGAUGUUUCGUCUGUAAAAGUUGUUCCGCAAUGAGAUUGUUGACUUCGCCAUUUCUUGUCGUGCGUUUGUGUUCGGUCAGUCGCAGUGGUACAACUGGAGAGGUUUCAUGUGAAUGGCCACAUCUAAGAAUUUCAUCCAUGGAUUCUUAACAUAGAAUUGUAAACUACACAGUAAAUACUUGGGUGUAAAACUACAAUUGUUUUGAAGUCUGGAAAAUAGGUUCUUGUAUUUUUGGGUGGUUAUUGGCAAUUUAGGCCAAACGUAGGUUCAUAAUAUAAGGAGAUAAUAGUGGAUGAUCACGAGAAAAAUAAAUAAACUUGGAAUUGGUCCUGAAAUAUGCAGUUACUAUUUAUUCACAACUGCAUCUUGUGCCAAGGGCAGAAAUGGCCAAGAGGUUUCAUUUCAAUAGCCACACUUUAGGAUUUCAUCCAUGGGUUCAAAAGUUACAUUAAAAUGUGUGCAUCAUUGCCUCAGCUAAUGAAAAUCAUUAAACCUUGCUCAUGAGUCUUUGUUGAAUUUAGGCAAGGGUAGAACAGAAUUUGUAGUUUUAUAAAUAAUAAUGAUGAUGAUGAUGAUGAUGAUGAUAUCAAUAUCUAUAAUAAUAAUAAUAAUAAUAAUAAUAAUGAUGAUAAUGAUAUUUUAUUUCUUAACUUUAUGUGACAGGCAUCUACCAGUGAGAUGUUUGGAAAGGUUCAAGAGAUUCCCCAAACUGAAAAAACUCCAUUUUAUCCAAGAUCGCCUUAUGGUAAGAUAACACUAUUGUUAUUAGGCACAAAGCCGCAAUGCCCUGGAGGGAGGUACCCUGUGAGCAGAGGUUAUUAUUUUACUGUGUCAGCUGUUGUACAAAAAGUAGCCUCUGCCAACAACCGUUCAAUUUUCUCUCGUGCAUGUGCGAAAUUCGUCAUGCAAUUCGUGGGCAAAAUUAAUCGUCAGAUCUGUUCUCAAAAUUGGCAUGAGUUUCACGGGAAUGAAAAAUUGGGACAACUCUGUUUUGCUAGGCAAGACUCGCGCAAUAAUCACACAAUGCUCCAAACCAGUCAAGCACAGGAAAAAACCCGUUUUUUGAAAUUUAUUUGUUCAGAUUUCUGGACUGAUUUGAACGGUUGUCAGCAAAGGCUGCUUUUCGCACACCAGCUCACAAAGCGAAAAUGAACCCUCUGCUGACAACCGUUCAACUCUGAUUUCCUAUGUUACCCUUGUUACCCCUUGUUACCCUUGUUACCCCAUGUUACCCCUUGUUACCCUUGUUACCCCUUGUUACCCCUUGUUACCCUUGUUACCCUUGUUACCCCUUGUUACCCCUUGUUACUCCUUGUUAUCCCAUGUUACCCCUUGUUACCCUUUCUUACCCCUUGUUACCCCUUGUUACCCUUGUUAGCCCUUGUUACCCCAUAUUACCCCUUGUUCCCCUUGUUACCCCAUGUUACCCCUUGUUACCCUUGUUAACCCAUGUUACCCCUUGUUACCCUUGUUAACCCUUGUUACCCCUUGUUACCCCUUGUUACCCCUUGUUACCCUUGUUACCCUUGUUACCCUUGUUACCCCUUGUUCCCCUUGUUAACCCUUCUUACCCCUUGUUACCCCUUGUUACCCUUGUUACCCCUUGUUACCCUUGUUACCCCUUGUUACCCCUUGUUACCCUUGUUACCCCUUGUUACCCCUUGUUACCCUUGUUACCCCUUGUUACCCUUUGUUACCCCUUGUUACCCUUGUUACCCCUUGUUACCCCUUGUUACCCUUGUUACCCCUUGUUACCCUUGUUACCCCUUGUUACCCUUGUUACCCCUUGUUACCCCUUUUUACCCUUGUUACCCCUUGUUACCCUUGUUACCCCUUUGUUACCCCAUGUUACCCUUGUUACCCUUGUUACCCCCUUUUGUUACCCCUUGUUACCCUUGUUACCCCUUGUUACCCUUGUUACCCCUUGUUACCCUUGUUACCUCUUGUUACCCCUUGUUACCCCUUGUUACCCUUUUUACCCCUUGUUACCCUUGUUACCCUUGUUACCCCUUGUUACCCCUUGUUACCCCUUGUUACCCUUGUUACCCUUGUUACCCUUGUUACCCCUUGUUACCCUUGUUACCCCUUGUUACCCUUGUUACCCUUGUUACCCCUUGUUACCCCUUGUUACCCCUUGUUACCCUUGUUAACCCACGUUACCCCUUAACCCUUGUUAACCCUUGUUACUCCUUGUUACCCUUGUUACCCCUUGUUACCCCUUCUUACCCCAUGUUACCCCUUGUUACCCCUUGUUACCCUUCUUACCCCUUGUUACCCCAUGUUACCCUUGUUACCCCUUGUAACCCCAUUUUACCCCUUGUUCCCCUUGUUACCCCAUUUUACCCCUUGUUACCCUUGUUAACCCAUGUUACCCCUUGUUACCCUUGUUAACCCUUGUUACUCCUUGUUACCCUUGUUAUCCCUUGUUACUCCUUGUUACCCCAUGUUAUCCCUUGUUACCCUUGUUACCCCUUGUUACCACUUGUUACCCUUGUUACCCCUGGUUACCCCUUGUUACCCCAUGUUACCCUUGUUACCCCUCGAAACCCCAUAUUACCCUUGUUACCCCAUAUUACCCCUUGUUACCCUUCUUACCCCUUGUUACCCUUGUUACCCCUUGUUACUCCAUGUUACCCUUGUUACCCCUUGUUACCCCAUGUUACCCCUUGUUACCCUUGUUAACCCACGUUACCCCUUGUUACCCUUGUUAACCCUUGUUACCCCUUGUUACCCUUGUUACCCCUUGUUACCCCUUCUUACCCCAUGUUACCCCUUGUUACCCUUGUUACCCCUUGUUACCACUUGUUACCCUUGUUACCAUUUGUUAGUCCUUGUUAGUUCUUUUUUCCCCAUGUUACCCGUUGUUACCCUUGUUACCCGUUGUUACCCCGUGUUACCCCUUGUUACCCUUGUUACCCCUUGUUACCCCAUGUUACCCUUGUUACCCCUUGUAACCCUUGUUAGUCUUUGUUACCCCAUGUUACCCGUUGUUACCCCUGGUUACCCUUGUUACCCCUUGUUACCUUUGUUACCCCUUGUUACCCUUGUUACCCCUUGUUACCUCUUGUUACCCUUGUUACCUCUUGUUACCCCAUGUUACCCUUGUUACCCCUUGUUACCCUUGUUACCCCAUGUUACCCGUUGUUACCCCUUGGUACUCCUUCUUUCCUUUGUUACCCCAUGUUACCCCUUGUUACCUUUGUUACCCCUUGUUACCCUUGUUACCCCAUGUUACCCCUUCUUACCCCUUCUUACCCCUUUUUACCUUUGUUACCUCUUGUUACCCUUGUUACCCCUGGUUACCCCUUGUUACCUUUGUUACCUUUUGUUACCCUUGUUACCCAUGUUACCUCUUGUUACCCCUUGUUACCCCAUUGUUACUCUUGUUACCUUAUUGUUACCCUUGUUACCCCAUUGUUACCCUUGUUACCCCAUGUUACUCCUUGUUACCCUUGGUACCCCUUGUUAUCCCUUUUUACCACUUGUUACCCCAUGUUACCUCGUGUUACCCCUUGUUACCCUUGUUACCCCUUGUAACCCUUGUUACCCCUUGUUACCCUUUGUUACCCCCUGUUACCCUAUGUUACCCCUUGUUACCCCAUCUUACCCCUUAUUACCGCUUGUAACCCCAUGCUACCCCUUGUUACCCCUUGUUACCCUUGUUACCCCUUUUUACCCUUGUUACCCUAUGUUACCCCUUGUUACCCCUUGUUACCUCCUGUUACCCUUGUUACCCCUUGUUACCCCAUGUUACCCCUUGUUACCCUUGUUACCCCAUGUUACCCUCCUUACCCCUUGUUUCCCUUGUUACCCUUGUUACCUCUUGUUACCCCAUGUUACCGUUGUUACCCCUUGUUGCCCUUUGUUACUUCUUGUUACCCUUGUUACCCCAUGUUACCUCUUGUUACCCCUUGUUACCCCAUUGUUACCCUUGUUACCCCAUUGUUACCCUUGUUACCCUUGUUACCCCAUUGUUACCCUUGUUACCCCAUGUUACUCCUUGUUACCCUUGGUACCCCUUGUUAUCCCUUUUUACCACUUGUUACCCCAUGUUACCUCGUGUUACCCCUUGUUACCCUUGUUACCCCUUGUAACCCUUGUUACCCCUUGUUACCCCUUGUUACCCUAUGUUACCCCUUGUUACCCCAUCUUACCCCUUGUUACCCCUUGUAACCCCAUGCUACCCCUUGUUACCCCAUGUUACCCCUUGUUACCCUUGUUACCCCUUUUUACUCUUGUUACCCUAUGUUACCCCUUGUUACCUCAUGUUACCUCUUGUUACCCUUGUUACCCCUUGUUACCCCAUGUUACCCCUUGUUACCAUUGUUACCCCAUGUUACCCUUCUUACCCCUUGUUCCCCUUGUUAUCCUUGUUACCUCUUGUUACCCCAUGUUACCUUUGUUACCCCUUGUUACCCUUUGUUACCUCUUGUUACCCUUGUUACCCCAUGUUACCCCUUGUUACCCUUUGUUACCUCUUGUUACCCUUGUUACGCCUUGUUACUCCUUGUUACCCUUGUUACCCCAUGUUGCCCUUUGUUACUCCUUGUUACCCUUGUUUUGCCUUGUUACCCCUUGUUACCCUUGCUACCUUUUUUUACCCCAUGUUACCUCUUUUUACCCCUUGUUACCUCAUGUUACCCCUUGUUACCCUUGUUACUUAAAAGUGACUCCUAAGUAACCCUCUUAACCAUAGAUGGGAAAAGAAACUUGGAAAGAUAUUACCCAUUUUUAGGACCUACUUCUUUGCAUUUAUUUAUAUAGCUAACACAACAUUUUAAAGUAACAUUAUUAAAUAAUCACAAUACCAAAGGAUUGAGCAGCUGACCACAGUAGCCACUCCGUAAUCUGUGUACAUAUGGCUUUAUAUUGCAUGUACUAUAUGCACUGUACAUGAUGGUGCAAGGAAAUUCAGUUUGGCAUUGAGGCAAGCUGUAGCUAGCAUUUUCUAGCCCAUGAGUCAUUUUCUGAUGAGCAGGAUUGAUUACCAUUCUUUUGCAAUUUGAACAAUUUGCGCAAAAAGCUUCACUUGCCCAUUCAGGCAAGUUGAGAACAGACUUCACUAGGCCGAUAGCAAAAUCCACCAGCCCUGGUGUACUUUUACUCAUGGGGGGAUGAGCUGAGGCAAGGUCUCACCAUGCAUCUUUCUGUUCAAUAGCCUGUCAAAAAUUUUAGAAAGGAUAUUUGUUUGACCAGGUCACUGUUUUAGUCGGACAAAGCAGUUAAGUUGUUGGACCCAUAUGCAUAAUGUGGACUGUAUAUUUCUUGGAUUACUAUGUAAAUCUUUCAUCUUAAGUAUUUGAUCGGUGUGGUUGUCGUGUUCAACCACAGGCAGGAGUUCAUCAGACAUGGGAAAUUUUGUAAGUCAUGUAUAAUUGGUACUUCUUUUGAUACUGACAGGUGCUGCCAAAGUAUAUGCUUACUGGAUUGUUGUAAACUACAGAGAAGCUUACAACAUGUUUGCCUGCAAUGGAAUCCUCUUUAAUCAUGAAAGUCCACGCAGAGGUAAAUAUGAACUUGACUUUGACUUGAUCUCCUUCAUUUCUUAGCAUAAGUGAAUAAGACAUCUGUCUUGUGAAAAGAUUUUUUUGUUAGCUAUGUCAACUCUUUACGUUAUAAGAUAAUGUUAAAUAAAAUAAUUUGUCUUUGUCUCUUUUAAAAAUUUUUCAGUUAAGUUGAGGAAAAACCUUAACUGGAAUAUGCAAUUAAACUGAGAAUAAUAUUCAUUGGCAUACAGUCAUGAUGUAGACUGCAGUUGUUGGAGAGAAUUUCAAACUAACUUUGAUUUUCAAGCGAACUUUGGAAAAAUAUUGUGAACCAUCUCUACAUUCUUUUUUUCAAUAAACUGUACAUGCUUUCACUUACAAUCAUUAAAUUGAGGUAGAAUUUUAGUUGUACAGAACAAUUUAAGGCACAUAUAAUUGUCCAAGGACAAUGAAAAACUUUGUCACGGUACCACAGGUGAAACAUUUGUAACAAGGAAGAUCACAAGGGCAGUGGCAAAAAUUCAUUUAGGACUUCAGGAUGAGGUAAACAGCACAUUUAGUGACAAGAACUGAGGUGUUGCAAGUUUAAAUGUUACAUACCGUACCAAACAAAAUCUUGGGAAAUAAUAUGGGAAAUGAUGAGCCAUAUCUGGCCAAUACGUGGGAAUGGUAUGGAUGGGUUAACUCAUACCUUGCAAAUGGUGAUGAAUUUUGCAAUUUCUGUUGCUAUGAAAAUUGUAUGGAGCGAAAGCUGCUGUUUUGUCAGGAUAUGGACAAGAUAUUUAAUAAAAAAAAUGUGACCCUGUUAGGGUCAAAUUCUGACAAGCGACACGCAGGCCUUACACAGUGAUUAAGGACAGCAGAAAUGGUGACAAAUGACACAAAGAUGUGUUUAAAAUGCAAGAGCGACGGAGAAAAGUGCAAAUACAUUAGCAAAAUGAAAGGUUUUGAAAUUCAGGCUAGGGACAUCCGUACCCCCCCCGACUAAGAAAGCCUCAAAAAUGACUGUUCUUUCUGAUUGUGAGAAUAUAUUUCAGAAAAUCAACAUAAGACCAAUAUUAAAUAAAUUAAAGUUGGACUGUUAAGCUAUCUGUUAAUUCUGGUUAGAUGGCCGAUGUUCAUAUUAAAACAAAAAAUUACUAUCAUACUAGGUGCACUUUUUGUGCUUGUGAGCACCUGUACCCUUGUCACUGUUUGGGAGAAAUUAUGUAUUACAGUGAGCUGUUUUGUAGCCUGAAAACAGUUUUUGAAUUUUUCCCUAAUGCAAUUUAAGCAUUAACUUUAGCUGUGCUUGUAAAUUUUCAGCUCCAACUUGGCAACCUUGACUCCAAACGUGACUGGGGACAUGCCAGAGACUAUUGUGAGGUUAAGUCUGAUAAAAGAGUUCUGUACUUUAUUUUUGUAAAGAUAAGUCUUUACCUUUACUGCAAAGGAAAAUGAAAUAAUUUCAUUUUCAUUAUUUUAUUAAUUAUCAAUAAAAUGUAUGUCAUAAACUGGAUGAAAAAUAUCAAGUUCACCAAGGAAGGAUACCACUACUUGUGAAUAAGGAUUCAAGAAGAUUCAAGAUGUUUCAGCCUAGACUUAAAAUAAUCUAUUGAAAGAGGUCUGUUCAAAAAUCAAAUCCUGGAUACAGUAUAUAGAAGAAUGCACAUUACUUGAGUCGUGAUGCAUUUAGCACAAAAGUACUAUACAAUAAUAUUGAGGACACGGUAUUUACAACUCAUGCUGAGACGGGAGCACCAUUUUCACCGUAAAAGACGCACAAUAGGUCUAGCUGUUUGCGAAUCAAAGGCAUUACCUUCACUUCUCAAGUUAUUUUAAGACCCUGAGUAUAUGCGGAUUCAUCGUGACGUCAUUGUUUACAUUUUUCCUCAUAUGCAUAUGAGCUAACCGAUAGAAGAUUCUACCUGUUAAGAUCAAAAAUUAAAAGAGCGGUUAAUUUAGGGAGUCUGUGCAAGUUUCAGCUCUUUGCAAUCACUAACGAAGAAAAUAGCAGCAAUUAAAAAGUGCAAAGUUACUGAGUGGCAUAACGUUAAUGAGCUCAUACAUUCUUUGUAUAUUCUGGGGUUUUUCAAAGAAAGUUUCUCCGAAGCUAAUUGGUAUAUCGGGCUCAAAUUUUCAGAGAUAACGGAAAUUGUUAUGCUCUUUCAAUAUUCAGAAAUUUCAUUUUAUUAGCUUCAUCAGAUAAUGAAAAGCCUCUGAGAAUGAGGCAAAAAAUGUAAACAAGGACUCACCUAUCGGUCUGACCUGAAGUGCCUUACUGAUUUCAGAGACUUAAGUUAUUGCAACAUCUAAAGAAUUUGCAACUUAUAGCACCACUGUCACUACCCUAUCAAGGAAUUGCAAGCAUUACAUUUUAAGCUGUACUUUUUUUAUUAUUGCAGGCUAUGUGGAUGGUCUUACAACAUGAAAAACCAGAAGAUUUUGUGAUUGGAACUGGAGAAGUCCACAGUGUGAGAGAAUUUACCGAGAAAGCUUUUCAACAUGUUGGAAUAAGCAUUGUGUAUGUACAAUCUAAACAAUCAUUGAUUAGAGCAUAAAUGCUUAACAUACAUGUUAGGGCCAUUUAUACGAGGAAAAUUAAUAAGAUGCACGUUUCAUUAGACGCGUCCUUUUUAAGACGCAAACUAUUCCGUAUAAACGGCAAAUUAAGACGCGACUUAGCAAAGGCGUGUCUUAUCAAAGAACAGGUGUUAGGCGCUGUUCUUAGAUAGGAUUCAUCUUAGCUAAAUUUCAAACGAAAUGUACCAGUUAUACAGGAUAGUUUGAGUCUUAUUUAGGCCGGACGUGUCCUAUGUAAGACGCGUCUUAUUUUUCCUUGUUUAAAUGGCCCUAAUAUUUAAGUUCUUGAUGCUUUUGUUUUUUCUUGUUGUUGUUUCCCAAGUAUGGAUUAACAAUAAUCUUGCUCCUGUGUAAAGUUUAAUUUGUUUUUACUUCUGAUCAUUAUCCUAGUUGUAUUUCCCCCACCUUGCCACCGCCUUAUUUUUAUGACCACACAUAUUUUGGCACAGCCUUAAGAAACUCAGUCAUUUUCUAUUCUGAACAUCUUAUCACCACCUCAUAAAGAUGACCAGGAUUUCAUGACCCAACGUUGCUUGUACCUAUGGGGUUUCACUUUAUAUGGUUCUCGAUCCCAAGUAAAUACCUAAAUGCCAGUAAAUCACAAUGACAAUAAUAAUAACAAAUUAUAACAGUAUUUGUUAUAUUAUUAUUAUUAUUGUUAUUAUUAGAAAAUUUAAAUAUUAUUAAUCAGCAAUAAUCAAUAAUAAUAUUUUUGCCGAUCAUUUUGUCUGUUUACAUUGAUCUCUGGUCUAGAAAAUACUCCAGACAGUUAUCAAAUGAGCUGAAUUUUUUCUCCAUCCUAUAAAACCCAUAUUAUUUGGACGAAUUCGUAUCCUCAAGGCUCCACAUCUCACAAAACUAGUGAGAAAAAAUAAGCAAUAAUUAUAUACAGUCGAACCUCCAUGUGCGACCACCUCCAGUUAGCCUGAGAACACAGCCUACAUCUCGCGACACCAAAACUGGUUUCCACUCGAAAUGACGUCUGAGAAACGAGCGCAGAAAUUCCAUACUGAAGACACGUCACUACCUAGAUCUGAGUAGUGCUUCUGAUUGGUUGUGCCGCGUGGGAGAUUUGAUUCAACCAAUCAGAAGCACUACCCAGAUCUGGGUAGUGACACGUCAUCAUUCAGUUUCUGGGCUUAUUUCUCAGACGUCAUUUGGCGGGGAAACCAGUGGUAGCGUUGCCAAAUGUCGGCUGUUUUCCCAGGCUAACCUCUAGUAAGCGACCACUUAUCCAAAACAACAAUAUUUUCCCUGUCAAAUUGCUACAGUUAGAACCUCCCAUAAAUGACCACCUCUAGUAAGUAGCCGCAACCACUUUUUGCGAUGACGGUUUUAGAAUUUUUUCAUUGUUUUUACCCUUAUGUAUGUGACCACUAAACGUAUGGUUUGUUCCCUAUGUUCUCUGAAUGUGCUACACUACUUUAAUAGAGUACGCAAGAAAGUUUAGGGUCAACAUGAAACUACACAUAUUGUAACUUAGAAAUUGCAUGCAAUGAAUCUCUUUCAAAAUGUAGAUGUUUCCAAACCUUUUCUAGGAAGAGACUUCCUGUGGUUCAAUUCUCGUAAUAGACCGUCUUCCCUUAAGUAACCACUAAAUCUUCGCAGUCUGGGCAGUCAUUUUUGGGAGGCUUCGACUGUAAUUGUGUACCAGUAACUUAAUUAUUAAUAUAUUUUCCCCUUGUCACAUCGAAGGGGUUUUAACAAGUAGUUUCAGUUUAUCGCUAAUUUUUGUUUUAUAGUUGGGAAGGAGAAGGUGAUACAGAAGUUGGCAAAGAUAAAAACACUGGGAAAGUCAUUGUAAGGGUAAACCCCAAGUUUUACCGGCCAACAGAAGUGGUAAGUUUAGCAAUUCUCUUAUGGCACCCACACAAACAUUGCGGUUACUUAUAUUAUUUAAGGCAUUUUUUGCAGAUCUUUUACCAAUAACACUGUAAUAUUACAAGGAAACUACAUGUAUUCUUGUGUUAUGUUGACUGCCAAGAACCAAUCCUAAUUUUGCUUGUGUCACUGUAAAUGAUGGUAGUAUGCAUGUUAGUAUCCAUGUAAUUUUUAGGUGCUGUGUUGCUUUGAAGUCUUCUAUGUUUCAGUCACUUCAGUGCCUUUGUUUGAGUUGUUAAGGUUGGAGGAUUGAGCAUUUCCUGAUCAUUCAAAAAAAUUAAUGCAAGCGCUAGCUACUUUUGUAGAGUUGUGAUACACUGACAACAGAAGAAAAGUUAAUGUCCAGUUCCAGACCAUCUUUGCCAUUUCUGCACUUAAAAACUUCAAAGGUUAGUGAUACAUGUAUUCCUAAAUAUAACACAUGCCCUUGAUUCUCUCCUUCAGGAAUAUCUUCAGGGAUGUGCAGAUAAGGCCCACAAACUUCUUGGCUGGAAACCAAAGAUAUCUUUUGAGGUAAAUCCUUUGCCUUAAAUUAUACCCAUAGUCGCAUUCUCACAUAGAGCGUAGCUGACUACAGCCAAGACAGUAAACUUCUUUGGUGUCUUGAUGAGUAAAACAAGUACAUAUAGAGUGACAUGAGUGACAGAUGUCAAAGAAGCUCCCGGGGUUGUGGUUAUGGGGGGAGGGUAAAAAAAACAGCUUAUUCAAUUGGAUGAAUGAAGAAAAUGAUUAGAUCUCAAUUAUUUUUAUGGCGGCGUAAAAAUUAUAUAGAUAAAGAAAUGGCCUAGAAUCCUAGGACCAAUUUUUGGUUGACAAAGAGAGUGUACCAAUACUUAGAUGUCUUCGGAUAAAUGAGGGGGUUGGAAGAGGGGGUGGGAGGGGAGCGGUCAAUCUACGAGCCAGCGAGCCAUGCGAUUCAUGCAAGCCAUGGAAAAAAAGAAAAGCGUUAUUAAAUUGCAAAUACGGGAAGAAUGGUUCGCUAUGGGUAUGUGAAGUUUUGUUGCUGGAAUAUUUUGCAGAAUUGCAUAUGUGCACGCAGCUGCAAAAUUUGCUAAAAUUGGAAAACUCGAGGGCUCCGGCUCUUGUUUUGUAAUAUGUCUUCAGCUCCCCCCGCCUCGAUUAGUUCAUAAGCUAUUUGCGGGUGGGAAAGUAAUGUAAUUAGUUAUUUUCCAAUUUUCAAUAAAAUUUGUUGUUGUUUUGUUGUUUUGUUGGCUAAAUCUGCUAUUUUUGCGAUUUUUGCAAAAUUUGCGAAAAAUUGGAGAAAUGGCAAAAUUUGCUGACCAAGAACAGGAGAAAAAUCAUCAGACUACUGAUUUUUCGCAAUUUUCGCAAAUUUUGUAAAUCCACGACUGGGUUUUGACUUUAGUGAUUAUUUACUUCACAAAGAAGUGCGAAAAAAUCGCAAGUAACACGAAAAAUCGUUUUAUUUGCGAUUUUUCGCAAUUUUCGCAACUGACUUUCGAAAAAUCAUUGACCUUGCGAUUUUCCUGGUUUUACGCAACCACACGAGUUACAGCUGCGUGCAAACCUGGACAUAAGUGGGAAUUACGCAGUCUUUUCAUUUAUUAGGAUUCAGUGCUAUUUUUAGCGUUUGUAAAGAGAGGAAUUUGAAAUGAAAGGCUUGUUAAUUACCCUGUGUCAUGUUCAGCUUGAGGAGUAAUCAUCUUUACUCUCAAUUCCAUUCACAGGGACUGGUCAAGGAAAUGGUAGAAGCAGAUUUAGCACUCAUGAAAGAAGACCCUUCGGCUUAAUAGUGAAUAAAAACAGUUCUCAAAGGGAAUUUUCAAGUUCACCUUUCAUCAUAUUUUUACAGGUUCUAUUCUAAGGUCAUAGUGCACAGGUAAUUGCCAAUUACCUGGACAAACCACAGGCGGCCCAAGCUCAUUUCAUGAACGCGGACGUGACUCUUGCUUGCGAGCGGUGUUGUGUUACAAACCGUUAUUUACAAAGGUUUGUAUGGGAUGCAAACGGUUUUUCUUAAAAGUGAGAAAAAAUGUAUUUU